UCCAGGGGGGACCGCGUAGCUCGCGGGAGGGCCAUGGCGUCCCCAGCGCUGGCGGCGGCGCUGGCGGCGGCGGCGGCGGCGGGCCCCAAUGCGAGCAGCGCCAGCGAGGGGGGCAGCGGCGUGGCCGCCAACGCCUCGGGCGCUGCUUGGGGGCCGCCCCCGGGCCAGUACUCCGCGGGUGCGGUGGCAGGGCUGGCGGCCGUGGUGGGCUUCCUCAUCGUCUUCACCGUGGUGGGCAACGUGCUGGUGGUGAUUGCUGUGCUCACCAGCCGGGCGCUGCGUGCCCCGCAGAACCUCUUCCUGGUGUCUCUGGCCUCGGCUGACAUCCUAGUGGCCACGCUGGUAAUGCCCUUCUCUCUGGCUAACGAGCUCAUGGCCUACUGGUACUUCGGGCAAGUGUGGUGCGGCGUAUACCUGGCUCUCGACGUGCUCUUCUGCACCUCGUCCAUCGUGCACCUGUGCGCCAUCAGCCUGGACCGAUACUGGUCCGUGACGCAGGCGGUCGAGUACAACUUGAAGCGCACGCCCCGCCGCGUCAAGGCCACCAUCGUGGCGGUGUGGCUCAUCUCGGCCGUCAUCUCCUUCCCGCCGCUGGUCUCGCUCUACCGACGGCCCGACGGCGCCGCCUACCCGCAGUGCGGCCUCAACGACGAGACCUGGUACAUCCUGUCCUCCUGCAUCGGCUCCUUCUUCGCGCCCUGCCUCAUCAUGGGUCUGGUGUACGCGCGCAUCUACCGCGUGGCCAAGCUGCGCACGCGCACGCUCAGCGAGAAGCGCGCGCCCGCGGGCCCCGACGGCGCGUCCCCGACCACGGAGAACGGGCUGGGCGCGGGGGCGGGCGAGAACGGGCACUGCGCGCCCCCGCGCCGCCCGCCGGCAGACGUGGAGCCGGAGGACAGCAGCGCCGCGGCCGAGAGGCGGCGGCGCCGGGGCGCGCUGCGGCGGGGCAGGCGGCGGCGCGCGGGCGGCGAGUGGGGCGCGGACGGAGCUGAUGGGCCGGGGCCGGGGACCGCCGAGCCGGGCGCGCUGGCCGCCGCGAGGUCCCCGGGCCCUGGCGGGCGCCUGUCGCGCGCCAGCUCGCGCUCCGUCGAGUUCUUUCUGUCGCGCCGGCGCCGGGCGCGGAGCAGCGUGUGCCGCCGCAAGGUGGCCCAGGCGCGCGAGAAGCGUUUCACCUUUGUGCUGGCCGUGGUCAUGGGCGUGUUCGUGCUCUGCUGGUUCCCCUUUUUCUUCAGCUACAGCCUGUAUGGCAUCUGCCGUGAGGCCUGCCAGGUGCCCGACCCGCUCUUCAAGUUCUUCUUCUGGAUCGGCUAUUGCAACAGCUCCCUUAACCCGGUCAUCUACACUGUCUUCAACCAGGACUUCCGGCGCUCCUUCAAGCACAUCCUCUUCCGACGGAGGAGAAGGGGCUUCAGGCAGUGACCAGAGCGCUUCAUCUCUCGAGGAGACCUUGGACAGCUCCGGGCGGAACGCGUGGGCGGGCGCGGCCCCAGCGGAGAAAGCAGGAGUGCUUCCCCAGAGAGCCGGGGGUGGAUAGGCCUCCACGGCGCAGGGGAGGGCACCACAGGGCAGGAGUGUGGACGGCGAGACCGCAAGGGCCCCGGGGAGGGGGAAGGAGAAAGGGGAGACACCCCUCUGCCUUCUCCUCUCAGCAGGGGCUGCUUCUGGAGCUCCAGGCCUGCAUCCAGCUCCAGGGGCCCCGCCGUGGUCUGGCUGUGAGGUCGAGGUCUUCGCAGAGGCAUAUGCAAACCCCCAAAUGGGCGAGAAAGAAGCCCCCCAAAUGCAACACCACCACGCAUUCACCUCUGAGCAAGGGCUGACUUCCCCAAGACCUGGUGGGGGUGGCUGUCUGGAGGGGGCACGAGAGCUCCGACAAUCUGCUUCCUGAAAGUAUUUAAAUGUUUGCCAAAAAUGACAGCCAAAACGACCAAACUAUUUUCUAAAUAAACGUUUGUAAUCUAA